GAGCAUCCCUGGCGCAGUAAACUUUUCUCGCCGAGGGAACAGCUCAGAGGGAAGGCAGCUCGGCGGGUCUGGCCAGCGGGGCUGCUCCGAGGAUGGAACCGGGCGCGUACGGAGCUGGCAAAGCCGGAGGCGCCUUUGACCCCCAGACCUUCAUCCGGCAACCUCACACCAUCCUCCGGAUAGUUUCUUGGCUUUUUUCCAUUGUUGUGUUUGGCUGCAUUGUGAAUGAAGGCUAUAUCAACCAUCCAAAGUCACCAGAAGAGUUCUGCAUCUACAAUCGCAACCAGAAUGCCUGCAACUAUGGUAUCACCGUGGGAGUCCUUGCAUUCCUCACCUGCCUUCUUUACUUAGCCCUAGAUGUCUACUUCCCACAGAUUAGCAGUGUCAAGGAUCGCAAGAAAGCUGUGCUUUCAGACAUUGGAGUAUCUGGCUUUUGGGCAUUUCUCUGGUUUGUCGGGUUUUGUUUCUUGGCUGACCAAUGGCGUGUUUCGAAGGAAGAGGAUAGUCUACUGAAUGAAGGAUCAGAUGCUGCCCGAGCAGCCAUUGCCUUCUCUUUUUUCUCCAUCUUCACUUGGGUGGGCCAGUCUUUUCUGGCAUUCCAGCGAUACCAACUCGGAGCAGAUUCAGCACUCUUCUCCCAGGACUACACAGAUCCAAGCCAGGAGGCCGGCGUGCCUUAUGCACCCUACACAAACGAGGAUACCACAGAUAGCAUGGGGACCUACCAGCAGCCCCCUUCCGCAGAUGCUUUUGAUGCUGGGACACAGGGAUACCAAACACAAGACUACUGAAAACUGUUGGAGACCUCCUAUUUCCCCUUCCCUCUGCCCACUCUCUUCUGCCACCAAGAAGUCAGCGUGCAAAGCAGACCAGAGCAACAGGUGACUCUUGGCCAGUUCUGGCCUUCUAGGUUCUCUUUUUUUAAUUUCUUCUUUACAGAAAACCUAAUGCCUCCUCGUCCUCUGGAAUUCUCCAUCAAAACUAGAUUGUUCAUCGAAAAACACUUUAUUGUUUAUGUUGCAGUGAUAGAUUCUUUGUCUAGGAAGCUCAAGCUGUCUUUCAGAGCGAAAAAUUCUCAAGAUGGUGUUGGUGGAAAGCAUAAGCACUGGAUAAAUGGAUGAAUGCUAGUUUAGAUGCCAGUGCGUAAAUGUAAGUGCUGAGAAAUGAGAAUAAGAACUGGACAAAUGAGUAGACCAUCCUAUAAAUGAAUAGUGAAAGUGGGCAAGCAAAGUGAACGAUGUACAUAGCAGCAAGGAAAAAUAUAGAAAUGGCAAACAGAAAAAGAUCUCAGGCAGAUGAGAAUGGAAUCAUAAAAUGUUGGAUGCAGAAUCUACAAUAAGCCAGAUUGGAUUUGGCAAUAGGAAGCUUUAAAAAUAUCCUGGCCUUGAUUUUGAUGAAAUUACUAAAAUGUUUUGUUUUGUGCACUCUAUUAUUUUUUUAUUUACAUUUUACCCGCUUCAGGUUGAUAAUAUGUGGUUUCCUUCACAAAGUGUUCCAAUGUUUGAUCAUUUGUGAUAGGCUUUUUGGAGAAUUGAGAAGUAUUACAUGAUUCUCUGAUAAAGUUCAAAAUGCAAAAUGUUAAGUACAGGCUGAAAAAUGAGACACAUAAUGAUUACAUUUGUUUCUGAAUAUGAGGCAGCUCUUUACAACAGAAUCACAUCUGUUCAUUCUAUAGUAAGCUAAACCAAAUCUGAUGAACUGACUUUAGUUGACAAAAACAGUAUAUGAGAAGAGGCCCAGUCACAAUCCACAAAAUUUAAGCUAACUAAAUGACUGAUAAUUUCAUUCAAUUAUUUUUUUCCUCCAAAAAUGGUUUAUGGAGACAAGUGUGCAAAUUAUGAAUUGUCAGUGAAUGAUGUAGCAUUUUAAAUCCAGGAUAAUGGCCAUGAAAUCUCCCUCAGAUUCAGACACAUAGUUACCGGUAAUAGAUUGUCAUCAGGAUUAUAUUGUGCAAAUCACAAUUCAGAUGGAAAAAAUGAGUGCCAAUAAUGGGUUUGGAAAAUCCUAUGAACUUAUUGAGAUGUAAUUCAAGUACCACUGAACAAAACUAUCUGUAUCAGUGCACAAUCUUUUUUUCCAGAUUUUUUUUAAAUAAAGCUGAUUUCCAGUUGAAGAAAUGCCACUGCUGAUAAAAUUAUAGUGAGUAGAGGAACUCUAAUGAGGAAUGGAUAUAAAAAUAAGCAAAAAUAGCUCUGAAUAAGAUGAUACUCCUGCCCACUAUAUGGAACACAGUGUUCGAGAUGUCAGGAGAAACAUAAAAGUAACUUCAAUGCAAUGGAAAUGAAUUACUUAAGAAAUGUUUGAGGUAAAGCAGGUAGAAAAGGAAUGUGGACUGAAUAUAAAAGUGAGUCAUCAGUACUGUACAAAAGAAGUAUAUUGAAAUGGUUUGGUCAUAUAAAAAGAAUGAAUGAAAAUUGAUUUGCAGACUAAGUACAUGAAGAAAGAGCAUAUUGAGAGGAAGGGGAAGACCAAGAAAGUCAUGUUGAAUGAAACUCAAAUUCUCCUAAGGAGAGAAGUUUCUUUUUCUUAUCUCAUGCCUUAACUUUCUUCAGUAUACUAUUUCUUGCUUCUUUACUGCACUGUUCAUUAUGUUGAUUAACCCAAGAGGGAAUAAUGUGAUGGAUACAUAAUAUAUGUAUACUAUUCAUGUAUUCAUUAUUUGAACAAUUAAUAGGAUAAAUAAGGAAUAAAAUACAAGUCUAAUCAGACAAAGCAUUAUUCAGAAGUAAACUCCAUCUAGUUCAAUGGGACUUGCUCCGGAGAAUUGUGUCUAGAAGACUGUAAAUUUAAAAAUAUUUAUUCAUGAAUUUCUAAAGUAAAGUGCUAGGACCAAAUGUCAUCUGGCAACCACAUUCAUUGUAUUAAAUGAUACUGUCUUAUAAGAAAACAUUAACCUUUUGUAUAGAGUGUAGCAAAACAGAAUUAUUCUAUCUUUUAAGCUCAUGUACAGUGGUCAGAGCUAAGAAAACACCACUAAGAUGUAUACCAAAAACAUUUGUAAAAAGGCUCAUCUACUCAUAGUGGUAUGUUACCCAAAGUAACUCUAAAGUUAUUGAUUUGCAAGUUGCUAGUACAACUAUCUGCCCAUCUCUCCUUAACCACUUCUUCAUUCAGCAAGCUUUUACUGGCCAGCAAGCUUUUACUCUAAAGGAAAUCAUAUAAUUAUUUUCAUUUAAGAGGUUUGCCUUAAGUUUACAAAGAUCACAACAUUUAGUGAAAUAAGCCUGUUGCUAAGCAAUACAAAACACUAAGCCAAAAGUGAAGAUGCAGUAUUCAGUCUCAAUACUUAGCUAAUUUCCAAAAUAUUAUUUUCUUAAUUGUAUGUCAGGGAGCCAAAGAUGGAUCUUUGUCAUGAUGGCUGUGAAUGAUAGGAGCUGUAGUUCAGAUUAUGCUCCCACAUUGCCCUUAUUCUGAUAUAUCUACAGAUAGCCUUCCCAAUAUCACAGCAGUACCUCAGCAGGGCCACUGUAUAAAAUAAGGCAAUGCGGCAUUUGAAAUGCCAUUUGGCUAUGGGCAUCCACAAGGGGAGGUGUCGAAAUCUGCAAGAUGGCAGACACAGUAUUGCAAUUUUUUAUAUGGAAAGUCAGUGAGCACACAAAAGUGUAGGACUUGAAUCCCAACAUUACUGUACACCUGCCUUACUGCAGAUAUUGAUCUCUUUCCCCAGUGGAUGUUGCAGCUUUUGACCUUCUCUGCUUUUAUUAGAGUCAAGCUAGUAUAAACAGGCAGUUCCUGUACAAAGAGGAAAAA